AUGCUGAGGCAGGGAGAUGAUGAGUGUGAGCCUAGCUUGGAAGCAUCAUGUUACAAUCCACAGACCCAGAAAGGGCAAGGUUGGAAGCCCCAGCACUGUGGAGAGAGGUCUUUCUCUUGAAAAUUGUGGCAAGACUUUUAAAAUAAUGCUUCUGGACUGACACGUCUCUGAUAUGCUCAUUUAGGUCAUAGACCCUUCCCUGAGUGUGAAAAAUGCUUCCAGGAUCGGCCUGGGGUAAAAUGCCACCUGAAGAACCAAAACAGGAAGCUAGUGGCUGUCAACCAAGAGCAUACCAUGACCCUUCCACCUAUAACACCUAGAUCACAAGCCUCCAUACCCAGGCAUGUGAAAGCAAUCUGGGAACCAGAUGUUUUAUCAAGGAAACCUGUUUCUCAACCCGCCUCAAAUCCCCUUCAGAAAUUAGUUCAAGCAGUAUCUCCUUUGCAGAGUCCCCACCCCCCACCCCAUUCAUCCUUGGUGAUAGGCUCCCACCAGAUUCCCCACAGGAAGCAAAACAUCUACUCUUGUGCCAUCUGUGACAUCUGCUUUAGGGGAAAGGAAAGCCAGGUGGAUCAUCUGUGCUGUAAAAAUCCAGGCAGACCCAUUAAGCUCUGGGGAAUCCUGAGUCAUUUGCUGGGCUUUCUUCCUGAUCCCUUGAUGCUGGGAAGGAUUCCAAAAGUAGAGGAAUCCUCAGAGGAGUGGGAGAUGAGAAAAUGAAAUCCAGGAAGACAAGACGAAACAUGCAUGCAGUGAGAACCCUGAAACAUAAAGAAAAGGUCUGUUUGGGGCUGGCUAGAUGACAGGGGCCAAGGAGCUUGCCACGAAACCUGACCUCCUGAC